AUGUUUGACCCCAUCGUCCGCUGGUUUCAAUCCCACCCUUCACCGCCAGUGGCCAUCAUCUCUGACUUCUUUCUUGGGUGGACCAAUGAACUCGCCGCCCACCUAGGUAUCCGAUGUGUGGUGUUUUCUCCUGCAGAGAUGAAAGCUUCUUGCUUUCUUUACCGGCAAUUCCCAACUCGCCGGAAUUUCCUUGGCGGCAGCUGUCUCCGCUGUGGCGUAGUUACAAAGAGGGAGAACCGAAUUUCGAAUCUUUCAGGAAGGGGUUUGGGCUGUGUCAUGAUGCUGACGUGGCCACUGGGUGCGGAUCAAUUUGCAAAUGAGAAGCUAUUGGUAGACCAGUUGGGUGUUGGGAAACGAGUUUGUGAGGGUAGACCCGAAAAUGUUCCUGACUCGAUCGAGUUGACUCAGUUGUUGGAUGAGUCAUUGAGUUGUGAUAGGCCGGAACAGUUAAAAUUAAGGAACUGA